AUGACUUUAAAUACCGCAAUGGCGCUUAUACUACUCUCCUACUCGGGGAGAACUCAAGAGACCACAACUUUACCUUACAAAGUGAACAUCAGCUUUACCAUUGAAGUGGUGACCAGCAUGCAUUCAAUGUACCAAUUCGAAAAUUUUGUAUUUUACAUAUCACAACAUUUGAUGAAUAGUAAUCUAGCCGGAGAUUUCUUGCUACGAUUUUGGAAUGAUUUUUCCAUGGUGCCAUCAGUUAUCAUGUUAAAUAAUAUCAAAAAAAUGAAGGGUUUUCUGGACACAGCCUCCCUAUGUUUGGUGCUAACUACAAAUCGUGAAGACCCCAUUAUGCAGGUGGCCGCCUCCAGUUUGGAAGGUGUGCGGCGAUUUAAAACUCUAUUCCUUUACUUUCCUUUGAGCAAACAAACGCCGAGUUUUCAUCAAGAGAUAGACCAUAUAUACGAAUGGAUAUGGCAGAACCAAUUUAUCAAUUCAGCACUUUUAACUGUUGACAAUAAUGUCUUUAUACAGGAACCCUACCCAAGACCCCUAGUGGUGAAUAUAACCGAAAAUUGGAGUGUCGAAAGUUUCUUUGUCAAUUAUCGGGUAAAUUUCAAAGGCUAUAUUAUAGAGACCCCCAUGCAAAGAGAUAUUCCCAGGGUGUUCUAUAUGACAAAAGCGCCACCAGGCGUUAAGGAUAACAAAAGGAUAAGUGGGUUCUCGGGGAAAUUUUUUAUAGCCUUUGUGGAACAUAUCAAUGCUACCUACCUGCAAGCGGACCGUAUAGAUGAACCUGCAAAGCUGGAUGAAAUCCUUGAUAUGGUGAAAGAGAGGAAACUGGAAAUAAGCAUGCAUUCCUACACGGACAUGCUGAAUCCCUCAACCGACAACAGCUACCCCAUUGGCAUCAAUGAUUGGUGUAUUAUGGUGCCCUCCCGCAACCGUACUCCUGAGCAUGAGUAUCUACACAAGAGUUUCCAGACCUACAGCUGGUUGUUGAUAUGCUUCUCCGUUGUCUACAUUGCCUUGGGUAUCUGGCUAUGUUCGCCCGUCGAUCAACGUGAUCUGGGUUUGUCGUUUCUCCAGGCAGUGUGUUCCACUUUAUUGAUAAUGCCCUUGAAGCUGCUUUAUAUACCCACAGCCCACAUGCGUUUUCUAUUUCUAUUACUUUUCGUCUUGGGUUUUCUGGAGACAAAUUUGUAUAUAUCCAAAAUGGCCAGCCAUUUGACGGCCACACCAGAGGGGCCCCAAAUCAAUACCAUACAGGAUAUAAUCGAUGAACAGUUGCCCAUCAUGGUCAUGACAUAUGAAUAUGCAGUACUUGUUUUGAAAAAUUUUCCCCAGGAAUUUUUGGACCUAGUGGUAACUGUGAAUCAAACCCGGAUGAACCAGCAUCGUGCAGUCUUUAAUACUUCCUAUGGCUAUAGCACUCAAUCCGACCGCUGGAAUUUUGCCAAUUUGCAGCAGAGGUACUUGAAGAACCCCAUUUUUCGACUGUCCAAAAUAUGUCUUGGUCCCUAUUACAUGGUAUAUCCUUUGGUUAGAGAUUCACAUUUGGCGCAACCCUUAAACGACUUUGUCUGGGACACCUUUGAAACGGGCCAUACCAUGCUGUGGCAAAUGGAAGCCUUUGCAGAUGCCUUGUAUUUGGGCUAUGUGCAUAUGAUACCCAACCAGGACCACUUUGAACCCUUGACACUGAACUUUUAUCGUUCACUUUGGAUGCUAUGGGGAUGCGGCCUGCUUUUGAGUUGUCUGGCAUUUAGUGCGGAAAUGCAAAGUGGAAGGAAUUGGAGAAAAUGGGGAAAUAGCUGUUGCAAGUGUUUUGAGAGUGUGUGCGAUAAAAUUAUGGAAAUGUGA